AUGGUCGGGUUGAUGUCCGCCGCUGGCCUCGUUGGCUUCCUACAAGAGCCCGAUCCCGAUGUCAGGUCAUUCGCCCUUGAACGCCUCAACGACGAGAUAGACCUGUUGUGGCCGGAGAUCGCAGGCUCUGUUGCUCAAAUUGAGGCGCUCUACGAAGAUGAAUCGUUUCCACACCGCGAGCUUGCCGCACUGGUGGCGGCAAAGGUCUACUACCAGCUUGGAGAGUACAACGAGAGCAUGACGUUCGCUCUAGGAGCUGGAAAGCUGUUCAACAUUGAUCAUCCUGGGGAGUUUGAGGAUACCAUACUUGCAAAAUGCGUCGAUACAUACAUCGCACUGUCUGCGAUGCACAAUCCAGCCACGCCUGCCAGCACCGCGCACGAAGUUCCACAGCUCACCACUGCCUUCCCCUUAAAUGCCAACGGAAGUGCCAGCACCGCAGCCAGCAUGACCUCGCCUACAACCCCAUUCUCACAGUCAACGCUCCCUUCGAAAUCGCUUCUCUCGCGUCAAGACUCGUCAACCUUCGAUCCUUCGAUGCCCGGUGGAGGCAACGCUGGUAUACCCGGGUCACAUCCGGCGCCGCUUGCUUUGGACCGAGGGGUGCAGAAGAACCUUCAGGCUAUCAUUCGCCGGAUAUUUGAGAGCUGCUACCAGGAAGGGAGCUACAGACAGGUUGUCGGCAUAGCCAUCGAAGCAAGGAACCUGGAAGUGCUGCGCGAGGUGAUCUUGAGGGCAAGUCAGGACGAGAAGCAGCAGGGCAAGCGACCUACGAACGGUGCACCAGGAAAGAGCGAGGAGCUCAUCGAGUACAUCUUGGACAUUUGUAUGAACGUCGUGCAAGAGCGCAGCUUGCGGAAUGCGAUCCUGCAACUUAUCCUUGACCUGCUCAACGAAAUUCCGAGUCCUGACUACUUCUCAAUCGCAAAAUGCGUGGUCUACCUCAACCAGCACUCAAUGGCCUCCAAUAUGCUACGUCACCUUGUGGAGCGUGGGGAUGCUCGAUCGCUCGCCACUGCCUACCAGAUUUCCUUCGAUCUCUAUGACAACGGCACGCAAGAGUUUUUGGCCAAGGUGAUCAACGAGCUGCCGGAGACGGAGGAGAAGCCGGAGGCACAGAAAGAGAACUCUGCUGCCAAUGGGGACGUCGUGCAUCCAGCGCCAGAAGAGGAUGCAAAAGAGACGGACCGGCUACUAGACGAACCCUCGGAGAACAUCAAUGGGCACAAAGCAACAGUCGUAUCUCGAACCAAACAGCGGGAGAUGAGUGAGGAGGAGAAGAAGGCAUACACUUCCAUCCGCAAGAUACUCCGUGGCACAAAGCACAUUGAGCUAAAUCUGGAGUUCCUGUUCCGGAACAACCACGCCGACAAGCAAAUUCUCAACAAGAUUCGGGAUAGUCUGGAAGCCCGAAACUCCAUCUUUCACAGCGGUGUAACCUUCGCCAACGCCUUCAUGAACUCCGGUACUACCAACGAUAAUUUCUUCCGAGAGAACCUCGAGUGGCUAGGGAAAGCGGUCAACUGGUCGAAGUUCACAGCCACUGCAGCGCUAGGUGCGAUACACCGAGGCAACAUUGGCCAAGGUCAGAAGCUUCUCGAGCCGUAUUUGCCGAAGCGCGGUGACGUUGCUGGAUCAGUCUACAGCCAGGGCGGAUCACUGUACGCGCUUGGGCUGAUCUACACCAACCAUGGAGCAGAAGUCCAGAGCUUCCUGCAAGAGGAGUUUACUCGAGCCACCGACGAAACUAUCGUCCACGGUGCAGCGCUUGGUCUCGGACUGGCUGGUAUGGCAACAGGAGACAGCGCGCUCUAUAAGAAGCUUCAGGAAACCUUGUAUCAAGACUCCGCCAUCCAUGGCGAUGCUGUCGGUCUCGCAAUGGGUCUCGUUAUGCUAGGCACUGGCGACAUACAAGCUCUCGAGGAUAUGAUCACGUACGCGCACGAUACCCAGCAUGAGAAGAUUGUGCGAGGCCUCGCGAUGGGCAUGGCACUCAUCAUGUAUGCCCGUCAAGAAGCCGCUGACGAACUCAUCAAUGGCCUGCUGGAGGAUCCUGAUCCGUCCUUGCGGUACGGCGGGAUCAUGACUAUCGCACUGGCUUACUGCGGUACCGGAAGCAACAAGGCCGUGCGCAAGCUGCUACACGUUGCCGUGAGCGAUGUCAGUGAUGAUGUCCGACGUUGUGCUGUCAUGAGCUUGGGUUUCGUGCUGUUCAGGAAGCCGGGUAGCGUACCUCGUAUGGUUGAGUUGCUUUCGGAGUCCUACAACCCCCACGUGCGGUACGGUGCAACAAUGGCGCUCGGUAUCGCCUGCGCGGGCACCGGUCUCGACGAGGCCAUCGAUCUUCUAGAGCCCAUGAUGAAGGAUUCGGUCGAUUUUGUCCGGCAGGGCGCCCUCAUCUCUCUGUCCAUGAUCAUGGUGCAGCAGAACGAAGCUAUGAACCCGAAAGUGGGGACUAUCCGCAAGACUCUGCAAAAGAUUAUCGGCGACCGGCACGAGGACGCAAUGGCCAAGUUUGGCUGCGCUCUCGCCUUGGGCAUCAUCGAUGCAGGUGGCCGGAACUGCACGAUCGGCUUGCAAACUCAGACGGGUAAUCUCAACAUGACCGCAAUAGUGGGCAUGGCUGUCUUCACGCAGUACUGGUACUGGUUCCCUCUCACGCACUUCCUAUCACUGAGCUUCACGCCGACCGCUAUCAUCGGUGUCGACCAAGACUUGGAGAUCCCAAGCUUCAAGUUUCACAGCAACACUAGGCCGAGCAUGUUCGAUUAUCCGCCGGAGCAGGAGACAAAGGCUGAAGAGGCGCCGGAGAAGAUCAAGACUGCGGUGUUGUCCACGACUGCGCAAGCCAAGCGAAGAAAGCAGGCGAAGGAACGGCGAGCAAGGCGCGAGAGUAUGGAUAUUGAUCAGACUCCCACUACGCCAAAGGUCUCUACCGCCGAUGAGGAUAAAAUGGAGACCGAUGAAGACGUCAUCAAGACCAAGCCUGAGAAGGCGGAUGGCGAGAAGGAGGACACACCUGCCGCAGACUCGAUGAAGAAGAAGGUGGACAAAGAGAAGGUCGGGUGUGAUCUGGAGAACAUGUCAAGGGUACUCCCCGCACAGCUCAAGUACAUCAGCUUCCCGGGCGAGCGUUAUGUGCCUGUCAAGAAGCCCACUGGCGGUGUCAUACUUCUCAUCGACCAACAGCCAGAUGAGCCGAAGUCUCUCCUCGAGCUAAAGGUCAAGAAAGUCGCACCCGCACCAGCGCCAGGCGCGCAAGGUCAGACAGCUCCAGAGACAAUGAGCGAUGCGAUCUCAGCCCUUGCGCAUGGUACAGGUGCAUCAGAAGCUGCCGCCGUGCUGAACGCAGUGGACGAGGAUGAGGAAGGCGGAGAGGAGGCAGAAGUGCCGCGCGACUUUGAGUACUUCUCCGACGAGGAGCGGGAGGAGUAA